AUCAGUUCCCGUGGUUCCGCGAGUCAUUGGUCACGAAAACGUGCCAAAGCUUGUGUCUGUAAGCAUGAUGAGCUUGCGUGACCUUGGAGAAGCAUGGUAUCCGUAGAGAUCGACGCAAUAGAUGUUUUUUUACAUGGAUGGAGGGGUACCCGCCCCGUCGAGGAAAAGAAGAGGGCCUCGCAAGCAGAAACCAUGCACACCAGUGAGCGGGCAUUCAACGAGCCUCUCACAGUUUGAUACUUAAUGCACUUACAGGUGUGAUCGUCCACGCACAGGUAUUGUCACGGAGCGAUCGGAGAAAUGGUUGCAGGUAAAUUGAAAGCCAAGGACCUUCGUACCAAGUCCAAGGCCGAGAUGGUCAAGCAGCUGGAGGAGCUCAAGAAGGAGCUUUCCGAGCUGCGGGUGGCGAAGGUGACUGGCGGGGCAGCCUCGAAACUGGCGAAAAUCAAGGUGGUUCGCAAAAGCAUCGCUCGCGUCCUGACUGUCUACAAUCAGACCCAGAAGGCCAAGCUCCGUGAGAAGUUCACAGGAAGCAAAUACAUGCCCAUGGAUCUGCGCAGGAAGAAGACACGUGCUAUCCGACGGCGACUAACGAAGCACGAGGAAGGGCUGAAAACCGUCCGGGCUGUGAAAAGGGAGCAAGCGGUUCCGAAGCGCAGAUACGCGUUGAGGGCAUAG